AUGUCGGGACAGUCUUUGACGGACCGGAUCGCCGCCGCUCAACACAGCAUGACCGGGUCUGCCAUCAGCAAAGCCGUCUGCAAGGCCACGACGCAUGAAGUCAGCGGACCCAAGAAGAAACACCUUGACUACCUGAUCCAUUGCACCAAUGAGCUGAACGUCAGCAUUCCCCACCUGGCAGAUACACUGCUGGAGCGCACAGCCAGCAACAGCUGGAUUGUGGUUUUCAAAGCACUCAUCACUACACACCACCUCAUGAUGUACGGCAACGAGAGAUUGAUGCAGUACCUUGCCUCCAGAAACACGCUCUUCAACCUCAACAACUUUCUAGAUAAGGCUGCACUACAAGGGUAUAACAUGUCAACCUUCAUCAGACGCUACAGCCGCUACCUGAAUGAAAAAGCCAUGUCUUACAGACUAGCAGCAGUGGACUUCACCAAGAUGAAGCGAGGGGCGGACGGUGUGAUGCGCACCAUGAACACAGACAAGCUGAUUAAGACUCUGCCCAUCAUUCAGAACCAGCUGGAUGCACUGCUGGACUUCCAGCCUAAUUCCAACGAGCUGACCAACGGCGUGAUCAACACAGCUUUUAUGUUGCUGUUUAAAGACUCCAUACGGUUGUUUGCUGCUUACAAUGAGGGGGUCAUCAACAUGCUGGAGAAAUACUUUGACAUGAAGAAGAACCAGUGCAAAGAAGCUCUGGAGAUCUACAAGACCUUCCUCAACAGGAUGACCAAACUGUCCGAGUUUCUCAAAGUGGCUGAGCGAGUUGGGAUAGAUCAGGGCGACAGCCCCGAUCUCACACAGGCUCCCAGCUCUCUCCUGGAGGCUUUGGAGCAGCAUCUAGCCUCUCUGGAGGGCAGGAAGCUCAAGGACCUCUCUACGGCCAGCAGAUCCAGCACUCUUUCCAGUGCAGUGUCCUCACUCUCCAGCACUGGGAUCUCUCUCAGCCGUAUGGACGACAAGACAGAGGACAACAGACUGCAGCAACACAAGGAGGACAGUCAUAAGGUGAUUGACAUUCAGACACCCAAUGUGUCACCCAGCACCCAGUCGGUGGGCAGUGCCAACAGCAGUGGAGGAGCCACAGAUCUCUUCUCCAACUCACCAAUUGUACCCAUCAACAACCAUGUGCCAAACCUGACCAGUGAGCUGUUCACCCUGCAGCCUAACUUCACCCCCAUCCAGACCACACACACUGUGCCCAACAAUAACAAUGCCUGGGGAGGUGACCUGCUGAAGCCAGCACCACCCACUCAAAUUCACAGCCCUGGAGUCCCAUUGCACUCUGGGAAAAUGCUGCCCAAUGAUUUGGACUCUUCAUUAGCCAACCUUGUUGGUAAUCUGCAGUUUGGGGGGACGCCAGCUAAAAAGCCGGAGCUCCAGUGGAGUCAGCUGGUAGAGAAGAAGCCAACAGGAGGAAGUGGCUGGCAGUCAAAGACCAUGUGCACCAGCACCAACUGGACUCACACCACCCAUCCCAUGGCACCUGCACCCAUGCCCGUCCCUCAGAUGAAUGGGAUGAUCUAUACUGGCUAUGCUCCAGCACCAGUGGCUUUUCCUAUGACGACACCCCAAGUGCCUGUGUAUGGAAUGCUCCCUCCUCAGAUGAGUCAUCAAAUGGGGGGCGUUCCCAUGAUGCCCCCGCAGCCUGUCAUGUACAACCAGCCUGUCCUGAGACCCACCAAUCCCUUUGGACCCAUCCCGGGGACACAGGCCCCCCGUCCUCUGCAGAUGCACUUCAUGUAG